AUGAUUCCCGUUAAAGGCUAUUCUUGGGUUAAAGAAACAGAGAAUAAUACUUCAAAUAGAGCAUUGAUGUCGUCAUACUAUUUCACAAUAAUAGGAACCAGAGAUAAUCCAUUGUAUGAGUUAGAAUUUUCGUCUUUCAAAACUGCAGUGUCAAGUUCAACGUCUACAAGUAACAUACCCGGGAGAUCGAACUUUCCAACCAGUGUUAAAGAAAUCCUACCAUUCAUAUCAAAUUCGUCAUUAGAUUUAAUAGAGGACAUACAGUGGUCCACCAAUCAAUUUAGUCUUGGUAAGAUUGAUUCAUUCUACGGAUUAUUGAUUAAUGCAUUUAUAACACAAGGUAAUAUCAAGUUUCUCUUGUGCUAUGAUUUGAACGGUGGGAACACCAGUGGCGGAGGAUCUAAUCUCCAGAGCAAAAAUGAAGAUAAUUCAAUUAAACAGUUUUUCACCGAAGCCAAUGAACUAUACGUUAAAUGCUUGUUAAAUCCAUUUUACUCGGUUAAUGAUGCGAUUACCUCACCCGACUUUGAUAUGAGGUUGAAAAUGCUAGCUAGGAAGUAUUUAUAG